AUGUCUAAACCCGCUGACGUGUCAUUCUUCCUCCUCCUCCUCCUGGUCCUCUGCGGCCAGGCCCACGGAGGCCGUGUGCUCCUUUCCGACUUCAUCCCAUCCAAGUCGCCCGAUCUUAUCUCCGAUGGAGUCCACCACCGGUCUCACUCCUUCGCGCCCUACCUCGCUCUCAACAACUCCUUCUCGGCGGCGGACUCCACCUGCGACCAGACCUACGGGUUCUUGCCCUGCACCACCACCGUGAUCGGGAACCUAUUCCUGAUUCUGGUAUACGGCUACCUGAUGUACUUGGCCGCCACCUACCUCUCCCAUGGCAGCGAGCUCCUGCUCGAGAUUCUCGGCCCCGGUAUCAUCGGAGGCUUGUUCCUCCCCAUCCUCGGCGCCCUUCCUGACGCCAUGCUCAUUCUCGUAUCCGGACUUUCUGGAACUACGGAAACUGCUCAAAGUCAGGUCUCUGUUGGAAUGGGCUUGCUAGCUGGUUCUACUGUAAUGCUUAUUUCAGUAAUAUGGGGUUCCUGUGUUUUCGUCGGCAAGUGUGACAUUGAGGAAUCGGUUGCCAUAGAUAACAGAGAUACAAAAGGGUUUAGCAUUACUGGUUCUGGUGUCAGUACUGAUAUCUGGACAACCUAUGCUGCAAUGAUUAUGAUUGUAUCCGUCAUCCCAUUUCUUAUUGUGCAAUUACCGCAGCUCCUUGAUUCCACUUCUGCUAGACGCCUUGCAGUUCUGAUUUCACUCAUUGUCUCUGUCGCGCUUUUGCUUUCCUAUUGCCUUUAUCAGGUGUUUCAGCCUUGGAUCCAGAGGAGGAAAAUUGCUUAUGCAAAGCACAAGCAUGUUAUAUCAGGAGUCUUACAACAUCUGAAGAAGCAUGCAUUGGGAAAGCUUCUUAAUGAUGAGGGUGAACCUGAUGAAGAAACUAUCAAAACGUUGUUUGAUACAAUUGAUGCGGAUAAGAAUGAGUUUCUUUCAGCUUCCGAAUUAAAAGCACUAAUUGUAGGAAUCCGGUUUGAUGAAAUACAGUUUGAUAACAAUGAUGCUGUAGCUAAACUGAUGAGUGAUUUUGACACUUCUCAUGAUUCCCAAAUCAGUUUUACUGAGUUCUAUGCUGGUAUCUCAAAAUGGCUCAAUGAGGCAAAGCGUCAUGGAGAUACCAGUACUGACUCUGGUAAUCAUACAAUGAAGUUUUUAACAGACUUUCACAAGCAAACAAAAGAAGAGCACGCUCUUUUGGGGGCGAAUGGCCAAAGUGAUGAGGUUGUCGAGGGUGUUGAGAGUGUUAAGUGGACCUCCAUCAAAGCAGGAUUAAUGUUGUUGGUAGGAACUCUGAUUGCAGCUGCAUUUGCAGAUCCCUUGGUAGAUGCUGUUGAUGAUUUCUCCGAUGCCACAAGCAUUCCAACUUUCUUCAUCUCAUUCAUUGCACUACCUCUGGCUACUAAUUCUAGUGAGGCUGUAUCUGCUAUUAUCUUUGCCAGCCGCAAAAAGAUGAGGACUGCCUCGUUAACAUUUUCUGAGUUGUACGGUGCAGUAACCAUGAAUAACCUGCUCUGCCUAGCAGUAUUUUUGGCUCUGGUUUACAUUAGAGGAUUAACGUGGGAUUUCUCAGCCGAAGUCCUGGUGAUUCUCAUCGUUUGCAUUGUAAUGGGUCUUCUAGGCAGUUUCCGCACUGUCUUCCCUCUUUGGACGUCUUCAAUUGCUUUCCUACUUUACCCAUUCUCCCUGGCACUGGUUUACGUCCUUGACUAUGUUGUUGGCUGGUCAUAGACGCAUGAGGUCAUACGAAUUCAUUUGAGUACUCUUACUCGUGUAUGAAUUGAAAUGUUUUCCCGUUUUCAAUUUUCUUAUGGUUUGUAUGAUUUCUGAUAAUGUUCUAGUGAGUACGCCUGUUACUUUUUCAUUAGAAACUUGGGAUUUGUUCAGGCACUUGUAUUUUGAGCCAAUUUUCUGUGUGUAAGCAAAACCCUAAUAUAUUAUUGCAGUUUUAGCAUCUA